GGUUUGAUCCAGUGCAACAGAAUAUCCGAUCCUCCGUCGUGUCUCAGUAUCGGUCCUUCAACUGACAACAUGGCGAGUGUUCGUGCUGCGUCCCGUCUCCUCUCCAAGAGGGUACUAUCUAAAACGACAACAGUCCCGGCUGCUUCAGUUCAGGGUUCCAGGAACUUUCACUUCUCCAUCUAUGGCAAGAAGAAAAAUGCCAAAGUAUCAGAUGAUAUCUCGACUCAGUACCCAGUUGUGGAUCAUGAGUUUGAUGCUGUGGUGGUAGGAGCUGGAGGGGCAGGACUUAGGGCAGCCUUUGGCCUGUCAGAGGCUGGCUUCAACACUGCAUGCGUCACCAAACUCUUCCCCACCAGGUCUCACACUGUUGCUGCACAGGGUGGGAUUAAUGCAGCUCUUGGGAACAUGGAGGAGGAUGACUGGAGGUGGCAUUUCUACGACACAGUAAAGGGAUCUGACUGGCUGGGAGACCAGGAUGCUAUUCACUACAUGACAGAGCAGGCACCUGCAGCUGUGGUGGAGCUGGAGAACUUUGGUAUGCCAUUCAGCCGCACUGAAGAUGGGAAGAUCUACCAGAGAGCCUUUGGAGGUCAGAGUCUCAAGUAUGGAAAAGGAGGCCAGGCUCACCGUUGCUGCUGUGUAGCAGACAGGACAGGACACUCACUGCUGCAUACACUUUAUGGUCGGUCACUCCGUUAUGACACUAGUUACUUUGUGGAGUACUUUGCCCUGGACCUGCUGAUGGAAAAUGGAGAGUGUAAAGGAGUCAUUGCUCUCUGCAUGGAGGACGGAUCCAUUCACCGCUUCAGAGCCCAGAAUACUGUCAUUGCUACUGGGGGUUAUGGAAGAACCUAUUUCAGCUGCACAUCUGCCCACACUAGUACGGGGGAUGGAAAUGCAAUGGUGACCAGAGCUGGCCUGCCCUGCCAGGAUUUGGAGUUUGUACAGUUCCAUCCCACUGGGAUCUACGGAGCUGGUUGCCUGAUCACAGAGGGUUGCCGUGGUGAGGGAGGGAUCCUGAUCAACAGUGAGGGAGAGCGCUUCAUGGAGCGCUACGCACCCAACGCCAAAGACCUGGCCUCCAGAGACGUGGUGUCCCGCUCCAUGACCAUCGAGAUCAGAGAGGGCAGGGGUGUCGGUCCAGAGAAGGACCACGUGUACCUGCAGCUUCACCACCUACCUCCUCAGCAGCUGGCCACGAGGCUGCCUGGUAUCUCAGAGACAGCCAUGAUCUUCGCUGGAGUCGACGUCACCAAGGAGCCCAUCCCUGUCCUGCCCACCGUUCACUAUAAUAUGGGUGGAGUGCCCACAAACUACAAGGGACAGGUGAUCACUCAUACCGGUGGAGAGGACAAGGUGGUUCGGGGACUGUAUGCCUGUGGUGAGGCUGCCUGUGCCAGUGUCCACGGUGCUAACCGACUGGGUGCCAACUCCCUGCUUGAUCUGGUGGUAUUUGGCAGAGCCUGCGCUCUCACCAUCGCCGAAGAACACAAACCUGGAGAGAAACUGUCUCCUCUGCAGCCCAGUGCAGGAGAGGAGUCUGUGGCCAACCUGGACAAGUUGAGGUUUGCCAACGGAAACCUAAGGACCUCUGAGAUCAGGCUCAACAUGCAGAAGACCAUGCAGGCUCAUGCUGCUGUGUUCCGUACCGGCUCUGUUCUGAAGGAGGGAUGCGACAAGAUGGAUGCUAUUUACCAGACCCUGGAUGACAUCAAGACCUUCGACAGAGGCAUUGUGUGGAACACAGACCUGGUGGAAACAUUGGAGCUACAGAAUCUGAUGCUUAACGCUGUCCAGACCAUCCACGCUGCUGAGCAGAGGAAGGAGAGCAGGGGAGCCCACGCCAGAGAGGAUUUCAAGGACCGUGUGGAUGAAUAUGACUACUCCAAGCCCCUGCAGGGUCAGGAGAAGAAGCCAUACGAUCAGCACUGGAGGAAACACAGUCUGUCCUUUGUUGACCCCAAGACUGGAAAGGUGACCCUGAAGUACCGUCCUGUUAUCGACAGCUCUCUGGACGAACAGGACUGCGCUCACGUCCCUCCUGCCAUCCGCUCCUACUAAGAAGAUCUCCUCCCCUCCACCUGUCUCUUCCCCUCUCACCUCACAUCAACCUUACUCAAUUAGUGAAUUCUCAUUUAACUACUAUUUAUGAAGACACAUUUUCUGUAAUGGAGAUGAUAUUUGGGGACAAAUUAUGCUUUUGGUUGCACAGUUAAAUACAAUUCUGUCUUGUCCACUUCA